AUGCACAGUCAACGAUGGAUGUUCACGUCGCCUGGUGGAGAAAAUGAAUACAAAAAGACUUCGGUCACCCGUGAACAUUACGACGCGGCUGUGGAAGCGAAGAAGGAGCGCGAUGAAAACCUCAUCGAGUCCGAAAGUGAGCGCAAGAGACGCGUGUUGGAGGAUUUCAUGUGGCAACAGAUGACUAAGAAGGCGUUGGACCAGAUCGAAAAGCAACAGCUGCGCGCCAACGAGACCAAAGCAUGUAGUACGUACGCAGAGUCCUUCGUCCUUCCAGGAUUUGAAGUUAAAGAACUGGGUUCCGAAAUCGACGAAGAACUUCAACAAAAAUAUCCGUUGUACACUGAUGUAGUCAAGUCGAUAUACGUGAGAGAUGCUGAUAUGAUUAAAGCAAAAACUCCUGUACGCAAAUCUCAUCGAAAAAUGUUCUGUAAAGACAGUCGUUUUACCAGUCGUCUGAGCAAUCCAAUGGAUAUUAAUACUCCAGUUGGACCUGGCCAUUUCGCAUCCAUAUAA